AUGACAUACCAUUCACCUGAAAAGAAGCACUAUGAUAAUUCGCUGGUACCUCCCAACAGUUUUUACAGCACCGAUGAUAGCGACAUGUUUGCAAGAAGGGCAAUGUCAGUAAUGUCGUCUUCCAGCUUUCAAUACACUGCCGACGACAAUCAGUCGAUCAGAUCAGCAACGCUACCUCCCGACAACGGUGUUCACUUAUCAAAACAAGAUCUCGCUGCUUCACUCGACUCGUAUGAAAACUUAUUGAAAGCAGCACAAGUGUAUCGAGAGCAAAUGCAACAAUUAUCAGGGGCAGCAGCAGGAUUUGGUUAUGCACUUGAACGUGUGGCCAAAGGCAAGGCGGUCGCAGAAGCUGGUCAAGGCCUUCAAGCAGCAGCAGGUCUUCAAUUUCUGAUAUCGAAUCAUCAACAGAUAUUUGGGGACAUGUUCCAAAAGACACUCGAAGAACCAUUACGAGAGAGCAUUGAUCAUCAUCGCAAGAUUGUACAGCAAAGUCAGGAGAAUUAUAAUGCAGCAUUGAAGAUAAUAAGCAAGAGAAUUCGGGAUACAGAAUCAAGGAACAUGAAGAAUGGUCGCAAGGGACAACGAGACAUUAAGCAAUUCCGCAAGGCACUAGAAGAGUUAACACACCAAGUGGAUGAAUUGGACCGUAUCAAAACAGAAUAUCACAGGCAUAUGGUGGAUGUGGAGCGUAGACAAAACUACAUGACACUAUCAAAGGUGGCUUCAGUGGUUCGUGCAGAGGUGGAUAUUCAUGAACGUAUUGCAAACAAAGGAUUGGGGGAUCCAAUGCUGGAACAGAUGAUGCAACAAAAUCCGGAUCCUUUCUGUGCAUAUUCAACAUUGACGGAUGAACCAACAGAAAUAUUUACUGUGUUACCACCAGUGUCACUUAUUGACCAUCCUCAAACACCUGUGCUUGAUCCAGAAGAUUAUGGCAUGCCAGAUACCUUAUUGAAUACAAGCCGCAGUGAAAGUUCCCUUUGUACUAUGCCACAACGUGUACAGGAAUUGUGGAAGGAGGAGGCACACAAAGACACACAUUCUCUCAGCGACGACGAAUCUUCCUCUGGAGGCCAUGUGACCAAAGAAACCUCUGUUGGUGGGAAUCGACAUAUCGCACAUCACUUGAAUGAAGAAGGCUGA